AUGAGGUUAGCCGAUUGGGGAAAUUUGGAAGAGCUUCCUCUAAAUUUGAUUUUUAAUAAGAUGGGAGAGCUUAUAGAUCACAUAUAUUUCAGCAUGGUAUGCAAGAAUUGGUAUUCUAUUGCAAAGUUCAAUUAUCAAAAUCUUCAAAUAAAAAACAAUGGCUUACCAAUGUUAUUGCAAAGAUUUUUAUAUGGAAUUUCGCCCGAAACAAUUUACCCCUUCAAGGUGCCAAUUCCUUCUAAGGAAAGACUUUGCGGUUCGAGUCAUGGUUGGCUAGCGAAAUCGAUUUCCGAAGAUGGAACUGUAACCCUAAUGAAUCCCUUCAAAAAUCGAGUUUCCAUCCAUUUACCUCCAAUCUAUAAGUCACGGGAUAUAAAUAGUCGGGUCAGAUACAAUGCAUGUAAUGUUCAUAAAGUUAUUUUAUCGGCCAAUCCUACAAUUAGGCCACACGAUUAUGUUGUUGUAGCAAUUUACGACAUAGGUAAAGGUAAAGCUCUUGCUUUCAUAAAAGCUGGACAAAAUUUUUGGACUCACGUUGAGGAAGCUUAUUCUGGGUUUACUGAUGUUAUCUUUUAUAAAGAUCUAGUUUACGCCGUGGGACUUAAAAAUAACGUCAUCUAUUUCAAUAUUUAUAAUUCCAAGAAUUCUCUCUAUUAUAGAAAGUUUAUUUUCUAUGUUGCUUCUUCCCCAGAAGUUGAUUUUGCUCAUCGAGCAUAUUUUGUGAUAUCAUUAGAAGGAGACUUGUGGCUCGUAAAAAAGUUUAGUGGUUAUGCUACAAACUUUGUUGUGUAUAAGUUGGAAUUGGAUCUUCGAAAUGGUAAACUUAUACGAAUGGUGAAGCUUGAUAGUUUAGAGGACAAUGUUUUAUUUAUAGGUAACUGCGAUUCUAUAUCUAUGUCGGCUUCCUCCUUUGCUAAUUAUCUACAAAAGGAUUCAAUAUAUUAUGCAAAGGAUGAUUGCGAAAAAGAUACAGAUCAAGAUCAUUGUCCUUGUGUACAAUUUGACAUGGAAAUCUAUAAUAUAAAAGAUGGAAGCUCUACUCAACAUUGUCGUUCUCAACUUUGCUUCACACGAACGUCACCUUCACUAUGGGUUCUUCCACCUUCAACUUGA